GUACGGGACCUCACAGCGGAACCGGGCGACUUCAUUCCCUAAAGUUAUUGAUUGAGAUUUCAUAAUCAGAGAUUUGCUAAUUGUACUGAAAAGAAGUUUAGUUUGGUGCGCCUUUGUGGAAGAACUAUGCUGUGGAUGAAGAAAGCUUUUUGUUUUUCCACUUUUAUUUUCUCAAACUAAACAUGAUAAAUCAUUUAACCUUUUCUCCUGCGCAGAAACUACUUUUGCUCACCUAAAUGCAUGUGUAGCUGUGCGCAAAAGCUGUGCGUAAUAUCCAAACCCUCCUCGGUUUGAACGAGUGAACCUCUCCAUUCACACUCACACGAGGACCCGCAUCAGAGCGCGCCAUGGACGUACUGCGGACCCGGUGGUUGGGCAUCUCGGUGGCCGUGGCACAUGGCGUGUUCUCGGGCUCACUCAACAUCCUCCUGAAGUUUCUCAUCACUAACUACCACUUCGGCUUUCUGACGCUCAUCCAGUGCCUCACGAGCAGCACCGCAGCGUUUACGCUCGCGGUGCUCCGGAGAACGGGGAAAAUCUCCGUUCCGCCGUUCACCUUCCAACUCUGCAAGGAUUUUGCUCCAGUGUGCAUCCUGUCCACUCUCCAGUCCACCCUGACACUGUGGUCCCUGCGCGGGCUCAGUCUGCCCAUGUAUGUGGUGUUCAAACGUUGUCUGCCUCUCUUCACGCUCAGCAUAGGGGUCUGCGUGCUCCGAAAUGGAAUCCCGUCCAUAGGGGUGGUGGUGGCUGUGCUCAUCACCACCGGGGGAGCUGCUCUGGCGGGUGCUGGAGAUCUGACCGGGGACCCGUUUGGUUAUGUCACUGGGGUGUUGGCUGUGAUCAUCCACGCCUCGUACCUGGUCCUGAUCCAGAAGACCAGUAUAGAGAGUGAGUUUGGACCCCUGACCGCGCAGUACGCCAUCGCCUGCACUGCGUCGCCGGUGCUGUUCGUCUGUGCCAUCAUCUCUCUGGACGCGGUUCACAUGUGGAGCUACGAGGGCUGGAAGGACCCCCACGUCACCUGCAUCUUCAUUCUCUGCAUCUUCAUCGGCUGCGCUAUGAACUUCACCACUCUGCACUGCACCUACAUCAACUCCGCCGUCACCACCAGCUUCGUGGGCGUGGUCAAGAGCAUCGCCACCAUCACCGUGGGCAUGCUAGCUUUCAACGACGUGGCGCCAACCGGACUUUUCAUCGGAGGUGUGGUAGUCAACACGGUGGGCUCCAUAACUUAUUGUGUCGUGAAAUAUUUCGAGACUAAGAAAAAAAGCGCUUACGAGGAUUUGGAAGGCGAAGGCAAAGAUGGUGGACUUCCCGGAGAGCCGUAUAGCGAGAAGCCCCAGCUAAACGGCGACGCUACCGGAGCUAAUACAGAAGCGGAAGGGGAAGUGGCGAUUAACGACUUAGCUAACGGCCAAGUGUUGACUGCUGAUGCGGAAGGAGGCGGUUUGAAUACCAGCAUUAUGACGGAUACGGAAAUGCUAGAAAUGCAAAGAGAACAUCUGCAUAGAGAAAGCGCUCCCCCUAGUGGUCAAUCGGCGAGCGAUAGCUACUUGGGAGUUUGGAGAUCCAUAAAGAAUUUGCAGUUUAUGAAAAAGGACACGCUCAUUGACAACAUGGAACAGCAAAGUCCAUAAGUCAAGCAGGGGAACUGACGCAAAUAUUUGUUUGUACUGCUUAGCAUGUACUGGCUAAGAUACAUGCGAUAACUGGAAAAAAACUUGAAACGGACUUCUAGAACUAGCAACAUGGACCCCUUGAAAACAGUGAAGAAAUUAUGCUUGUUUUAUCUUAUUAAAUUUCACUGUAUUCAACUCCGAAUGUUGCCAAGAAAGAUUGCAAAAUGGCAGCAUGGAUAGACUAACUAAACGUGCCGAUACUAUAGGAAAAUUGUGGCUAAGACUAGAAGCGAUGCACUGGUUAUGGAGAUUUCUGUUCCCAAGACAAAAAAAAAAGAGACAGAAAUCCAUUUUAAGGUGAACCGUGACUGUGGCUGUGGUUCAAAUGUGUUCUGUGUUGAUAUUGGAGGAUGUCUUGAAGAAAGGCCCUUGGUAAUGAGGACAGACAGGCUUACAGUGGCAUUAGGGUUAUUUCUUGGCACUGGCUGCUUGUACCUUUCAAACAGAGAAAAACAAUUUGCCCAGAAGAAUUCCUAAGUGCUGCCAAGGAAAAUAUACAAUCCCCUCUAAAAUGUCAACUUAAAAAAUUAAACAGACAUAGAUGAUGGCUGCUUCAAGAGAUCAGAGUUUACAUCCAGGAUAGGGUGACCAGAUUUUCAAAAUUAAAAAAAAAACAUGGGUUGGGAUGGUUGGUGUGAAUAAAAUUGUGAAAAACCACGUAACAUUGUCCAUUCUUGACUCACUUGUGGGUCACUAUAGAAUAGAAUGACUCCUGUUGGUGCAACUGAGUGCGUUUUUGCCUUAUGAUCAUGUACGGGUUUCUGUAUCUUAGUUAAACUUUACUUUAUUGUUGGCGGGUAUCACAUUGGUCAAAACUGGGAUAUUUCUUGUAUAAAACUGGGACAAAUCACUAGUUUUAGAUACAUCUGGGACUGACCAGGGUAAAAAAUGAUGUCUGGUCACCCUAAUCCAGAAGGACAGAUCAAUUUUGGGAAAAUAUAUAGAUGUAUGCGUGUGUGAUUUUUUAUUUUAUUUUUUUCUUUUGAAGAUUUUUUGGUAUCCUUAGCUUUUCAGAAUAGAUCUGAACUACAAAGUUUGCUGGUUUUAUAUACAAAAAUACUUCAUGUUGUUUACUGAGGACAUUAUUUUACCCAACUCAAUUGAACCUUUCAAAAAUUGCCUUUCGAUUUGAUUGUAAUUUCUAUUGCAGCACUAACAACCAUCUUAAUGACAGCUCCAGAUUCAAAAUGCCUGUAGUUAAAUCAAACAUAUAGACUGUAAGAUAGCCACAUUUUCUUUGUGCAAUACAUUUUAUCGUAUUUCUUUUGUUUUAUGUUUUGUCUGAUUACAUGAAUGUCAGUGGGGCGUGCCUUGUUCAUAUUAUAUACAUGGCUUUCUAUAUUGUUGCUGAGUUGGGUUAGGGUUGGGAAAAAGUGUAACUGUGAUGUGUUCACAGUGCACAAUUUAAACAUAUCAAAGAGCAUUAAAGGGGUUGUACCGGAUUUUUACAGAAUUAAUUCAUUUUAAGGAGUUUACAGUGGUCCAGUUAUUCUUUGCUUACAUUAUGCAUCCUAAUUAUUCACAGCGAUGAGGUUAAAAUAACUUUUUACAUCUUAACGAGACCAGAGUGGAGUUUUGCUGUCAUUUUUAAGCUAAAAACUAUCAUGCUACCACGCACCUCCUGAUGCAUGCUUUAUAAUUAUAUGCGGACAAAACACGGUAGACCUAUUUUGACCUCAAGAGUUUGUAAUCAUAAAAAAAGACAUGAUAUUUUGUUGUUAACACACAUUACUUAGAUAAUUUCAGUCUUUACCAAUUAGGCCCAUGCUAAUUUUAAUUCCCAUUUCAAUUAGAUUGCAGUGUCUGCAGUUUCAGCUCAGUUAUAUGUUAAACUUAGAGCUGAUUAUUCAGUGGAAAAUCCCUAUUGCCACUAUAUUAUGGAAGGACAGAAAAGCUGCUCUAGCUCUACUUUCUAAUGUUAAUCAUCACAGCCAAUAGAGAACACACUGUGGACCUGUUUUUGUGUAACUUGAAAAAUACCUUGUGUGUGGAGAGUCUGUUUGUUGGAGAUAAGCCUUGUGCAGUACCUGUGCAGUACCUUUGCAGUACUUCAGGAGUGGGCAUACAUUAAAAUGUUUAUAAGUGUUGUGUGAAAACUCUUCAGGGAGAACUCAAUGUGUGUUUUGUUGUUUCAAAUCAGGGAAUUAUUGUUUCUGAGCCGCUACUACUGUAAGCAAUUCCAAGGGUGUUUUUCAUCAUAAAUACAGAAUUUGCCAUUAUCUGUAUAAUCUUUCAAGUCAGAGGGCCCCGACUGGUGAGUCAGGACACUAAAAUGAAGAAUUGAAAAAUAACGGUAGAUGGUUUGCAUCACUUAUUUCAGCUAAGAGUAUCACCUCUGAUCUGACAAGAUCCAUCUGCAAAAACAAAUCAUAUGUGAGCUCACUUCUCUUUCUCUCAUGUAUAGGACUUAAUACUAAAACUACUCUUAUGAAUAAUGAUGAAACAUAAAUAUUUUAUAAGAUAAAAUUUUCUGAAAACAUCUGAAAUCUUAGAAUGGACUACAUCUUACUCAGAACCAGUAUGAAAAGGUAAUAAUAAAUUACUAUUCUGUUUUGAAAAACUAGUGUUUCAAUUAAUUGUGCCGUCUAAAUUAGUACCAAUUAUUUUCCUCAGUACCAAAAUUAAGUUACAAAUCUUAGGUUUUAUAACUGUAAAACACACCAUAAGAAAUGCUUGAGAAUGUAUAGGCACUUACAUUAUGUUGAAAAUUAAAGUUAAUUACAAACAUCCAAUACUGAGUCCAUAAUACUGCAUAAGACAGUUCUGAUGUUCUGUGAUGUUUGAUGGAAAUGUAUGCAAAACCUGCCAUAUCACAAGCAGCAUGUUUUGACCUUUAGAAGCAUUAAGAAAGAUCUGCUUCCAAAAAUAUUUAAUCAGACAAGAAAUAAUCCUCUCUCUGCAUGUUCCUGACUGUGGGCGAGAAUCAUGCAAACAGCUCCUUUCCCAGAUGCUAAAAAACUAAGUAGUUUAAGUCAUUUGACUUGCAAAAUGUGACAUUUCAACUUGAAUUUUAGAAGUUGAAGCAUUUUCAAAAAAACUGAAAAACUGAAAGAUACACUUCCCUCUAAAUAUAUUGAACUUCUUUGUAUGAAACAACGUAUACACAAUGCACUAUGUAAGUUCUCUGGUGUGGGGUAAGCAAUGUGCUUGUCUCUGUGGAGAUGUAUUUAUUUGCCUGUAAUGUUCCACAGUUUUGCAUUAAACAUGUCUAUGUUUAUCUUGAAAAACAUUUCUUAUUGUGAG